AAUAUUUUUCCUGGACUGGUGGAUCUGUGUUCGCGCAAUGAGCUCUCAGCUUUUGCUUCCCCUUGCGGAGCCUCCUCUUAAACAGAGUACGCUGAGCACUUGGACGAGAAGUCUCUUUGAUGCUGCACACCGUUCUGACUGGCUAGCGGUGAUUCUUGGCCCAGCCAUUUCCGUGCCAUUUGCAACCUGCUAUGCCGCCUUAGUUUGCAGCGAUCCUUCAUUGCGCAACCAUUUUCCUAUGGUUUUGCAGCAAGUGAUGUGGACACAACUCCUGGGAUCCGUGAUCGCUCUCUUCGUUGGCCAAUUUGUCACCACAACCAACUUGGACCCAUUGACAGCAAUUCUUUUUGGACAACUUGCCCGGAAGGUGGCACGCCUUGAGAUGCAUGAGAAUCAGGAGACGAUCCUCAGCAAUGUCAUGUUGUUGAUGCCCUUUGUCUCUUUGUGUUUGGGCGUGGUGCUCUACAUCGUGGGAAAGUUGAAGCUUGCAAUGAUGCUGCGAUUCAUUCCGUAUACCGUCGUGGCAGGAUUUUUAGCUGGCAGCGGUAUACUGAUUCUUCAGGAGUCCUUAUCCUUGGCGGCUGGCAUUGAGCUGUGGGACCUUGUCCGACAGUCGCUGGUCUCCUUUACAGAUCUUGCAGGAGCUAGCAACCUGGCUAGCAGCUGGGUCCAGGUGAUGCUCGCCAUACUGUUCUCAGCACUUCUUGAAUUUGUGCGAGAAUGGCAUAUGUUUAGCACGCCGUUGGUCAUGGUUGGAGCUGUUGGACUCAGCAUUGCCUUGGAGAAGCUGUCAAGUGGAAGCCUGCCUCCAAGGUCUUGGUUCCUCCCCUUUCCUGAACCUGUCGAUUGGUGGGCACCAUUUGAGCAAGUGCGCGAUGGCUUUCACCAAAGCUAUGAAAAGACGGCUGUUGCAGAUAUGGAGUUCAUGGGGAGCUUUGUGGUGAUCAUGACAGUUUCCUGGAGCAUCAAUACCUUGGCUGUUGCGAAACUGGUCCCUUUGCGACCGGGCCUAGAACGUUGUGAUGAGCAGGAGGAGAUACGGGAUCUUGGCGUGACCAACAUAUUGCUGGGAUCGUGUGGAGGGCUUUGUUCUAUGCAGUCCUUCAAGAUCCCCAUGAUCAUGCGAUGUGUAAGGUCUGGACCCAAUUGGCCGUACUUUAACGUCAUGAUGAACAUCCUGCUGUUUCUUUGCUCACCACGGAGUAUUGUACAGUCUGUCCCACGCUUCCUUUUUGCAGGCACGGUGGUGCGUCUUGCCUGUGACCUCAUCAACGAGUGGUUGCUGGACGCACGACGCCGGGUCUCUGCGGAGGAGUGGCUCGUGCUGCUCGCUACUGCCAUUGCAGUGGUGAUCAAUGUCACGCUUGGAAUUCUUUUUGGACUGUUUUGCACACUGGCAUGGUUCGCUUUCGAAUACACAAAUGUGACGGGCGUGGCCCAUGAAAGUACCUUGAGCGAGAGCCGCUCCAGGGUCGAACGAUCUGAAAAUGAGCACAAGCUUUUGCAAGAACAUGGUGGAUCCACCCUAAUUCUUUGGCUGAACGGCUACUUCUUCUUUGGCCUGGCCUGCCAGGUCAUCGAGCAGAUUCGAGAGACAAUUAAGGGUCGAAAGGCCUCUGCUGUGAUUUUGGACUUCUCCAAUGUUCCUGCGAUCGAUGCCAGUGGCGUGUGUGCGUUGGUGGAAUUGGUCCAGGAGCUGCGAGAUCAUCGCAUGGUUCGUGUAAUCUUCUCUGGCAUGGCGCGGCGCCUGACAAAGUCUUUAGAGACUGCAGCACAGCACCAGCAGGUGGACUUGGUCUUGGAAAUGUUCCUAGAUCUGGACAAGGCCGUGGAGUGCUGUGAGGAGACUAUCUUAAAAGGCUUACCAAUGCAAAAGAAGCCUUCUUUUGGAAAACGAAUUUCAAAGAUCGAUUCGUUAAAUUGCAUUUCAGAUGUGGCACCUGUCCUGCUGGAGCGCAGCAAUGAGCCGGAUGGUGGGAUAUGGCACCACCUCUUGGAAAACGAGCUAAAAUACCUUGAUCCAGACAUGGUAUCGGUACAAAUUCUCCGUGAACUGUCUGGUGAAGCUCACGAGAAGGCAGAUGGCCAGGUGUUGUUUCGCCAUGGCGAUCCUGCAAAAGAGCUGAUCGUGAUCCUGGAUGGUUCUGUUGAUGUCACCCAUCCUACCCGUGAAGUUUUUUCUCCGCGACGGCGCCCCACUGUGAAGGACUCUGACAUAACAGAGGUGCCUGAAACACGGGCUCGGCGCGCCAGAGUUGGAGCAGUUUUCGGUGCUGUGGAGUAUGCAAGCGGCUCCUUUGACCAAAGUCGAAAUACCUAUGUUGGAGCCGGUCUUUCCUGCACUGGCAAGGCUGUUGGUGCCUUGGAGGUGCUCAUCAUCGAUUUUAACGCAUUGUGGCAGGCAGAAGUGAAGGAGCCACAGCUGGCCCUUGUCCUCAGGACAUGGCUUUCACGCUUGGCUUCAGCGGCCCUAAUGGCCUCCCUGCAACAAGAUCCUCUUAGUCAUUUACACUGCAGAGAAAUGCGGUUUCGGCAACAAGCCCUGCGCUUUGCAGUUGUGUAGAUUUUGUGAAGUUCUCAGCUGUUCAUAUAUCUGUAAAAAUGAAGAGAGGGUGUCUGAUUCCAUGACGACAAGAAAGUUAUUGCUUGUUACCAGGAAGUCUGUGUCCAUCAGACCCCCUCUUAGUUGAACUUUGCGAAUCUUGCUUAAACCUGAGCUCGGCAGACGCCUAAAAGGAGAGCGAGGAGGGACCAUUGGACUAGCUGACUAGCUAGGACUUGGAUCUGAAGCAUUACAAGAAUACAUUAGUUCAUUUUAGUUCAAUGGGACGCAGAUAGUUUGGUUCCUCUCUCCCGGUUGAAACGACAUGAAGCGCCGACAGAUUCUUUGCUUUACCGGAUGCGUGUUGGUUUAUUUCUUUGCCUUGGGGCAACAGAGAAAAGGAUUAAACUACACUAUAUUGGAGUUUUGACAGGUCAAGCAC